GCCCACUCCACAUUUGAAUGUAAAUUUAAAAUUUAUAGAUCUCUCAAUCCAAAAGUAACUCUAAGUCGUGUGUAUAAUAAAAACGCAAUAUGAGUUGCUGUGAGUUUGUGACAGCGGAGACUGUUGAAUCUGACACAAUAAAUUAUUCAUUCGCCUAUAUAUAUGCAUAUAGAUAUUGGGUGUUUACUCAUGUUCUAAGCUACCUUAUCUUUAUUUGGUCUAAGCGUUCAAAAAGAAUGGCUGAUUUCAAGCAUUUGGUACUGGUGAAGUUCAAAGACGACGUCGUUGUUGAAGAUAUUUUGAAAGGAAUGGAGAAGCUGGUCGCAGAAAUGGAGACCGUCAAAUCUUUUGUUUGGGGAAAAGACAUAGAAAGCCAAGAAAUGCUUAGGCAAGGUUUCACCCACGCAUUCUUGAUGACAUUCAGCAGCAAAGAAGAUUUUGUUGCGUUCGUCAGCCAUCCCAAUCACAUCGAGUUUUCCAACACAUUUUCGGCCUUAAUUGACAAAGCCCUUCUUCUCGAUUUUCCAGCUGUUGCUGUCAAACCUGCUGCUGUUUGAAAUAUAUAAAUAUAUAAGAAUCAUUUAUAACUAAAUCUGUUUGUUUUCAGUUGCAUUUGUUAAGUUUGUUGUUUUUGUUGGAGAAAAACUAUGGUUUGCAUGAUUUUCUUUGUGUGAAGUGAAAAUAUCUACUACUCUCGUUUAGUAAUGUAGUGAUCAGAACUUCUUGUGAAUUUGUCACUUGUAAUGAAUUAAGCUAUUUGAAUAUAUAUUUUUUUUUUAA